UCUGUAAUUAUUAUUAUUAUUUUUAUUUCUUUUGAUAGAUAAAUUCUCUCUCUCACAUUCUCACAGUUUAGAUUCUCUCUCCUCAAAAACAGCACAAACACAAAGGAAGAUAAAGAUCCAAGAUAGAAUGUUACGAAUUUGACUAAAAAAAAGGUUGUAUAUCAAGGAAAAGUUUCCAUUUUCCAAUUUUUAGCAUUUGUAGAUUGAGGUGAACAAUGCUCAGUCUCAGAUUGUUCUUGCUUUUGCUGGCUUUUUUCUUAGUUCUCAGGCCUUCAUUCUCUCGAGGACCAUAUGCCUUGCGAAUAAGUUGUGGAGCACGUAGCGAUGUUCAUAGUCCUCCAUCAAAUACUCGCUGGCAUAAGGAUUUUGCUUACACCGGAGGAAUACCUGGUAAUGCAACCCGCCCGAGUUUCAUCUCUCCCAGACUUGAGACGCUUCGUUAUUUCCCUUUGUCCGAGGGUCCUGAAAACUGCUACAAUAUAAAUAGAGUUCCACAUGGACAUUAUUCGGUGAGAAUCUUCUUUGGACUGGUUGCAGAACCCAGUUUUGACAAUGAACCUUUGUUUGACGUUUCUGUUGAAGGAGCAUUAAUUUAUUCUAUGCCACCGGGUUGGAGUACUCAUGAUGAUGAGCGAGCUUUUGUUGAAGCCUUCAUAUUUCUUAAGGAUGGCACGGCCUCUCUUUGCUUCCAUAGUACUGGACACGGAGAUCCAGCAAUACUUGCAAUUGAGAUCCUUCAAGUUGAUAACAAAGCGUACUAUUUUGGUCCAGGCUAUGGUGAAGGGGUGAUCCUCAGAACUGAUAGAAGAGUCAGUUGCGGGUCCCGUGGCCCGAAAUUUGGUGUUGAUUAUAGUGCAGACCGUUGGGGUGGGGAUCGAUUCUGGAAUUCCAUCCAGACAUUUGAAGAGAGUUCAGAUCGUGCCAUAUCUACCACAAACAGCAUCAAGCAGGCCUCAAAAUCACCCAACUUUUAUCCUGAAGCUCUUUAUGAAACGGCUCUUGUUAGUAGUGACAGUCAGCCUGAUUUAAUAUACACAGCUGAGGUUGAACCUAAUCGAAAUUAUUCCAUUUGGUUACACUAUGCAGAAAUAGAUCCUUCAGUUACUGCAGCUGGACAAAGGAUAUUUGACAUCUUGAUAAAUGGCGAUGUUGCAUUUCGAGAUGUAGACAUAGUGGAUAUGGCUGGGGGCAUUAACAGUGCCCUAGUACUGAAUACAACUGUUGCUCUUAGUGGCAGGACUUUGACAAUAACUAUGCAUCCUACAAAAGGGACUCACGCCAUUAUCAAUGCCAUUGAGAUUUUUGAACUUGUAAUGGCUGCAUCCAAAACAUUACAAGAUGAAGUCAGGGCUUUGCAGAAAUUGAAGAGUGCACUCGGGCUUCCUCUUCGGUUUGGGUGGAAUGGUGAUCCUUGUGUUCCUCAGCAACAUCCAUGGAGUGGAGUAGAUUGUCAGUAUGAUAGUACUAUCAGUAAAUAUGUCAUUGAUGGGCUUGGUCUCGACAACCAAGGUUUGAGGGGUUCCUUACCAGAGGACAUAUCUAUGCUUCAUCAUCUCCAGAACAUGAUCCUCUCAUGCGUAUCAGUAUUUUUGUUACGUUACAUCAAAUUUAAUCUUAAAGAUAGGUCACUUGCAAUAGGCGCCACCACGAAUGGCUCCGUCGAGUGUCAAGUAAUAGUUCGUAAAUGUAAUUACAAAGAGUUCAAGAAAAUGCUGACGGAAGAUCUGCAUGACAGGGAUCUCUCAUACAACUUUUUCAAUGGAUCUAUUCCUGAAAGCAUUGGGCGGCUAACCUCAUUGAAGAGACUGUAUCUGAAUAGCAACUCCCUUUCUGGAAAAGUCCCAGCUGCACUUGGAGGAAGGCUCUUGCACGGAGCUAGCUUUAAUUUUACAGAUAAUAAAGGUCUUUGUGGAAUACCUGGAUUACCGACAUGCGGACCCCAUCUUUCUGCUGGUGUUAAAAUUGGCAUUGGGUUAGGUGGGUGUGUGGCGUUCCUACUCCUUGUCACAUGUUUAAUGUGUUGGUGGAAAAGGCGGCAAAAUAUUCUCCGUGCUCAAAGAAUUGCGGCGAGAGACGCCCCUUAUGCAAAAGCAAGAACGCAUUUUUCUCGUGAUGUACAGAUGGCUAGACACCACAGCCAUGAGCAUGCUCGAACAGCAGACGAGAACGGGCCUAGCUUACUUUCAUGAUUGAAACACAAGCCAAAAUUCCAAUAUUUUGUGGCCAUACUUGUGCGCAUCAAGAAGCCAUCCCAUAACAUGACAUUUCAAAUGGUUUUAGCUUCACAAGUUCUAUAGUGUACCUAGUCAUUUAAAUAACACCUCUAGUUUGGUACAACGAGGAGUAGUACUGAUGUAACUCACAGAAAUUGAGAUCGUUAUGUAUCCGUCUAAUGUACAAGUUUAUGUAUUCAUUCAUCAUGUGAGUGUAUCGUCUGGAUGUAUGUAUCUCACGCUGGUCUUCGUAUGUGAUGCAAUUGGUAAUUUUGAUUUUAUUUAGUCAUUCAUACGAAUUGUCUCAUUCAGUGCAUCUAAGCUUUGUACAAAUGUAAUAACUUAUAUUUAGUACU